CAUGCAACAGCAGCGACCACUCUCUCUCUCUCUUCUGGUUCUUGAAUCUCUCUCCGAACCGUUUGUAGAGAGAGAAAGCUCAGAAGACGCUGUCAUUUUGGGUGUGACCAUUCUUGUUUUGGAGAUGGAAGAUAGUACUUCAUCAUCUAUUUUGGAAGGGGCGAUAACAGGAAUCAAAUUUGGUUUGGCAACACGGCAGGAAAUAUGUACAGCAUCAAUCAGUGACUGCCCUAUCAGCCACUCUAGUCAGUUAUCGAACCCCUUCCUCGGGUUGCCCCUUGAAUUUGGUAAAUGUGAGUCUUGUGGCACUUCUGAACCAGGAAAAUGUGAAGGUCAUUUUGGGUAUAUUGAAUUACCCAUACCCAUAUAUCAUCCUAGUCAUGUCAGUGAACUAAAGAAGAUGUUAAGCUUGUUGUGCUUGAAUUGCUUAAAGAUCAGAAACAACAAGAUAAAGAGCGAUAGCAUUAGUGGAAGACUGCUAUCUUCAUGCUGUGAGGAUGCUCCACAAAUUUCCAUUUGUGAAGUAAACACGACAGAUGGUUCUUCUUUUUUGGAAUUGAAGUUACCCUCUAAGUCAAGACUAAAGGAUGGAUUCUGGAAUUUCCUGGAGAAGUAUGGUUUCCGCUAUGGUGGCAACGUCACUCGAGCAUUGCUUCCUUGUGAGGUGAUGGAAAUUCUUAAAAGAAUUCCAAACGAAAGUCGGAAAAAACUAGUGGGAAAGGAAUUUUUCCCUCAAGAGGGAUAUAUCAUGCAAUACUUGCCUGUCCCUCCAAAUUGCUUAUCUUUGCCGGAAGUGUCUGACGGUGCUACAGUUACAGCCUCGGAUCCAUCUAUAUCAAUGCUCAAGAAAGUCUUGAAGCAAGUUGAAAUCAUCAAGAGUUCACGGUCUGGUACGCCAAACUUUGAGUCACAUGAAGUUGAAUUUCAUGAUUUACAAUCAGCUGUAAAUCAGUAUCUUCAAGUGCGGGGCACAGUGAAAGCAUCACGAGAUGCAGAUACGAGAUUUGGGAUCAAGAAAGAAUCUGACAAUUCUUCAACCAAGGCGUGGUUGGACAAAAUGAGGACAUUGUUCAUUAAAAAGGCUUCUGGAUUUUCCUCUCGUAGUGUGAUUUCAGGUGAUGCAUAUAAAGGUGUCAAUGAAAUUGGUAUACCAUCUGAAAUUGCACAGAGGAUUACAUUUGAGGAAAGAGUGAAUCUGCACAACCUUAAUUACUUGCAAGAGAUGGUGGAUAACAAUUUGUGCCUUACUUACAGAGAUGGGUCGUCCACCUAUUCACUGCGGGAAGGUUCUAAGGGGCACACAUUUCUUAGGCCAGGUCAAGUUGUGCAUCGGCGAAUUAUGGAUGGUGACUAUGUAUUUAUAAAUAGGCCGCCCACGACUCAUAAGCACUCCCUUCUAGCACUCAAAGUUUAUGUGCAUGAUGACCACACUGUAAAGAUUAACCCUCUUAUUUGUGGGCCUUUGAGUGCAGAUUUUGAUGGAGACUGUGUGCACCUUUUCUAUCCCCAGUCUCUUGCUGCAAAAGCUGAAGUUCUGGAGCUUUUUGCGGUGGACAAGCAGUUGCUCAGCUCCCACAAUGGCAAGUUUAACUUGCAACUUGCCACAGAUGCAAUUUUAUCGCUUAAGUUGAUGUUUAAGAAGUACGUUUUUGACAAAGCUGCUGCCCAGCAACUGGCGAUGUUUGUUCCAAAUGUCUUGCCACAGCCUGCUUUGUUCAAAGGUAACAGUUUUGGGCCUCUUUGGACUGCUAUGCAGAUUCUGCAAUCAGCUAUGCCUUCAUACUUUGACCGUUACGAUGUUGAUCUCAGUCAGGAGGCUGUGCAACCUUUGUUUAAUGAAUUUGUGACCUCCAUUUUCUUUGAGAAGGGUCCAAAGGCUGUCCUGAGCUUUUUUGACUCGUUACAGCCUUUGUUAAUGGAGAGUUUGUAUGCUGAAGGCUUUAGUAUCGGCUUGGAAGAAUUUUCAAUGCCGAGGGAGGCUGUAGAGCGACUGGAAUUAUCUGUGUGGGGUGAUUUAAUUGACCUCAAGAGCAUUUCUGCGGUCAACAAGGUGGUGCAGCAAAUUGGCUUACUUGGUCUGCAACUUGCGGAUAAGGGAAAACUUUAUUCUAAGACAUUGGCAGAGGACAUGGCCUCUCAUUUUGAAAGAAAGAUUCCUUUUGACAGAGACCAGUCUACAAAGAAUGGGUUUAUCAAGAGCUGUUUCUUCCAUGGACUAAAUCCAUUUGAGGCGAUGGUGCACUCAAUUUCAACAAGGGAAGUUAUGGUCCGCUCUUCUAAAGGAUUAUCCGAGCCAGGAACCUUGUUUAAAAACCUGAUGGCUAUCCUUCGGGAUGUUGUCAUCUGUUAUGAUGGCACUGUCAGAAAUGUGUGCAGCAAUUCCAUUAUCCAAUUUGAAUAUGGGGUGAAGCUGGGAACCAAGUCAGAGAGUUUAUUCCCUGCUGGCGAACCUGUUGGUGUGCUGGCUGCGACUUCAAUGUCAAAUCCUGCUUACAAGGCUGUUCUUGAUUCUAGUCCAAGUAGCAAUUCUUCAUGGGAAUUGAUGAAGGAAAUACUGCUUUGUAAAGUCGGAUUUAAGAAUGAUGUUAUUGAGCGGCGCAUAAUUUUGUAUUUAAAUGAUUGUGGUUGUGGGAAGAAGUAUUGCAGAGAAAGAGCAGUCUACUUGGUGAAAAAUCAUCUGAAAAAAGUCAGUCUCAAAGAUAUUGCUGUUGACUUCUUGAUUGAGAGCCAGCAGAGAUCUGAAAGUUUUGAUGUUGAUACUUUCCUUGUUGGUCAUAUUCAUCUCAACAAGAAGCUGUUAAAAGAGAUGAACGUUAAUGUGUCUGAGGUUCUUCAGAAGUGCCAAGAUACUGCAAAUUUAUACCACCGGAAGAAGAAAGUUGGUCAGCUAUUUAAAAAGACAAUUCUCACUGUCAGUGAAUGCUGCUCUUGCCAGCAAUGCUGCAGAGAUGAGUUCUCUAGUACACCAUGUUUGAUGUUCUUCUUGCAAGCUUUAAGGGAUAUCCCUUUGGAGAAAACAUCGUACUUCCUUGCUGAUAUCAUUUACCCUGUUCUUUUGGAAACGGUCAUUAAAGGCGACCCUCGGAUUUGCUCGGCAAAUAUAGUUUGGGUCAGUCCAGAAACAACAACUUGGAUAAGAAAUCCUGCCAGGACACGACAGGGUGAAUUAGCGAUGGAUAUUGUUCUCGAGAAAUCAGUUGUCAAGCAAAGUGGUGAAGCUUGGAGGAUAGUCAUGGAUUCAUGUCUCCCUAUUCUUCAUUUAAUUGACACCACUCGCUCGGUCCCAUAUGCGAUAAAGCAAGUACAGGAAUUGCUUGGAGUUUCAUGUGCAUUUGAUCAAGCAGUUCAGCGCCUUUCAACAUCCGUGACAAUGGUGGCCAAAGGUGUUCUCAAAGAGCAUCUAAUCCUCUUAGCAAACAGCAUGACUUGUGCAGGAAAUUUGGUUGGCUUCAAUUCUGGUGGUUAUAAGGCACUUUCACGCUCCUUGAAUUUCCAAGCACCAUUUACUGAUGCUACGCUGUUUACACCAAAAAGGUGCUUUGAGAGAGCUGCUGAGAAGUGCCAUGUUGAUUCCCUAAAAAGCAUUGUUGCAUCUUGUUCUUGGGGUAAACAUGUGGCAGUUGGUACAGGAUCGCGAUUUGAUAUCGUUUGGAACACAAGAGAGUGUCUUUUGCAGGAUGAAUUGAACCAAAAAGAUAUCAUUGAUGUUUAUGACUUCCUUCACAUGUUGCGAGGUUCCACAAAUGGAGAUGAGUCGAUUAAUUCAUGUUUAGGUGAAGAAAUUGAUGAUCUGAUGGGGGAUGAAGCUGCUGAGUGGAGCCUUUCUCCAGAGCAUAAUCCUGGUUACGAUAAACCCUCUUUUGAGGACAUGGCUGAACAAGAAUUAAGUGAUAAUGAGAAAGCCCAACCACGGGAUAGUGAAUCUGGUGCUUGGGAAUCUAAGACUCUGGCCAAAACUGAUGAAGCUGGUUGGGGGAAUGAAGCAGCUCGUGAUUCUGCUCCAAGUGACUGGAUCAGUUGGCAAGAAAAGGGAGCCAAAAAACUAAUGGAGGACCCCCCUGAACAAGGAUUGGGUGAUGCUGACAAAGCAGAACCAUGGGGUGAUAGAUCUAGGGCUUGGGAAUCGACCAGCAUGCCUAAAACUGAUGAAUCCAGUGACUGGACCAGUUGGGGAAAAAAGGAAGCUGAAAAACAAAAUGAAGAACCCCCUGAACAAGGAUUGGGCAAUGCCGACAAAGCAGAACCAUGGGUUGGUAGAUCUGGGGCCUGGGAAUCCACAAGUAUGCAUAAAGCGGAAGAAGCAGGUGACUGGAACAGUUGGGGGGAAAAGGGAGCCGAAAAACGAAAGGACGCCCCCCCUGAGCAAGAAUUAGGUGAUACUGACAACCCAGAACAGUGGGGUCAUAGAUCUGGUGCCUGGGAAACUAGAAGUGUGCGCAAAAGUGAUGAAGCUAGUUGGGGGGAAAAGGGAGCCGAAAAACAGAAGGACGCCCCCCCUGAGCAAGAAUUAGGUGAUACUGACAACCCAGAACAGUGGGGUCAUAGAUCUGGUGCCCGGGAAACUAGAAGUGUGCGCAAAAGUGAUGAAGCUAGUUGGGGAAAUGAAGUACGUCAUGAUUCUGCUUCUGGAAAAACUGAAGAAGACUGGGCCAGAAUUGUGAAUGAUGGUGAAAGUAGAAAAUCAUCUGCCUGGGACGAGAUGGUAAAUCAGGAUCAGUCAACAUGUCUUUGGACUUCGGAUGGUAGUAACUGGAAAAACAAGAGCCGACCGCUGAAAUCUCCUAGGAUUACGAAAGACAAUCCAGGCAUUAGUGGAUUAUUUACUGCUACGAGACAACGGCUUGAUAUGUUUACUUCUGAUGAGGAAAAAAUCCUCUCAGAUAUUGAGCCACUUAUGCAGUCUAUCAGAAGAAUAAUUCAUCAAUCUGGGUACAAUGACGGAGAUCCACUUUCAGCUGAUGAUCAGUCCUAUAUACUUAAAAAGGUGUUUGAGUACCACCCGGAUAAAGCUGUGAAGAUGGGCACUGGCAUUGAUUAUCUCAUGAUUAGCAAGCACACCACUUUCCAGGAGAGCAGGUGCUUCUACAUUGUCUCCAUUGAUGGUCACAAGCAGGACUUUUCCUAUCGUAAAUCUCUUGACAAUCUUGUAAGGGGGAAGUAUCCUGACUUGGCCGAAGAAUUCAUCGCAAAGUACUUCAGAAAACCUGUUGGUGGAGGGAACAGAGAGCGGAAUGUUCAGAAGGAAUCUGAAAACUAGAGUAGGUUUCUUGGACAGAUUAAUUUAGGCACGCACUUCCCUGUCAUCGGAUUUGUAUAUAAAGCAGAAGUCAGCGUACUCCUCUCGUGACUCGAGGGUGCUGAACUGCUCGUUUUUCCUGCUAAGAGCAGUUCUUAUUAACCUUAUCCAUAGAAAUCUUUCCAUGCGAAUAUGAUCUAGAAUCUAGAUGAAGUAUUUAAUAGUCAGUGUAGUGCCAUUCCAUGUUUCCAUCUUGUAAGGUUAAAUUUAGGGUUAAUCUUCCCUUUGAGGGCAAAGCAACAUUAGAGUUCAGUUAGAAAUCUUUGGAGUGAAGAACUUGAUGUUAUCUCCACCAAAGAUGUUUUGCUAGCAGUCUUUGUAUGGAUUUGCAUUUACUAUGCAUUGGUGUGGAUGAAGAAUUGUAGGUUUCAAAAACCUUGCUCAGGUUGAGGAUAUGGAGUUGCCAUUCCUUCUGUCAAAUUCUUGUUCUCACUU